AUGCCUCGCGGCUGGUACCUCGCUCAAGGCCUGGUCCCACUCAACUACAGCAGCAGCGACGACGACGAAGGCCCAUGUGAGCUGCCAAACGGUCGUCUUGUCUGUGGACCUCACGGAUUGGUGCAAUGUAGUAGAUGUUGCAGCGAAUACAGCUUUAUGGACGAUGUCCUUGGUGAACAUCGCGAAGAACUCGAGGAUGACGAGAACGAUGAUGAGGACCACGAUUUGGCUCCUGUUGGCACGCCAUCCACCAUAGGUGUCCCUUCCCUAGGACCCGAUGUGAUGAGGGGCACUGGUUUGGUGUACCCCUCCAAGUUUGGACUUUGCGUUAGCCCCCUGCAACCGAUGGAGUUGUUUCGCGGCAGGGCUCGGUUUAUGAAUAUGGUUAGGUGCACCUACCCAAACGACAACUCUAUACUCCUCAUCAUGACCGACGGGGCAUGUCUCAACAACGGCCAAGCCAAUCCGAAGGCGGGUUGGGCGUUUUUCCAGGGGCUGAAUAUUGAGGGCCAACCGCUUGUUGUCUCGGGUCGUCUGGAAAAGCAGGGCCCUUGGGGCGAUGACGGCAUCCAGAGCAGCAACCGGGCCGAGCUGCGGGCCGUCAUCGCCGCCCUGCGGUUCCGACACUGGCCGAGUGAAGGCUUCAGCACAGUCGUCAUCGCCACCGACUCGGAGUACGUCGUGGAGGGCUCCACACAGUGGGCGAAGACUUGGGUGCAGAACAAUUGGACGAGGAAAGGCAAGAAGGGAAAUGACGACGUCAACGUCAAGAACAAGGACUUGUGGGAGAUGCUCCUAGGGGAGUGCGAGAAUGCCCACCGCCAAGGCCUGGCCAUCCAGUUCUGGAAGAUCCCACGUGAAUGGAACACUCUCGCCGAUGAAGGUGCAAAGAAGGCGGCCACCGCGGAAGAAACACCUGCCGAGUGGCUGGAUUGCUAG